GUUUCCUACUCUAUAGCAACAGAACGUCAAACGUAGAUGGUUGCGUCCGCCCGGGACUCGUAUCAUGUGACCUCACGGCUGUUUGCUGAACAGAACCGACUUUAAGUCUGAAUCUGUGUGCAGCACCUCGGCCAGCGCUCUUUUUCAGCAGUGAUAUGAGGACCUGCGGUCAGUCAGGUCAUCCAGAUAAAGGCUGAAGCAGGAAAGCAGAGGGACGGAGGCCGAGAUAUACCAUUAAGAAGCUGUCGAUGCUGAGCCGUUUGUCUUUGCUGCAUUGGGAUUCGUGAGGCUGGGAGAAACAACACCCGUGCACCCGCGAGCGCCACCCGGCCCACCAUGAUGGCAUCCAGCGACGUGGAUGGCAGAGCAGACGGGUCUCUCCUCUCUGAUCAAAACCCAUCAGAACUGGACGCUUUGUGUCCGUCUCCUCCUGGACCAUCCAGACCGCAGAGAAACUAUGAGCGGAUUGGGGGAAGAACAGGAACCUCUUUCUGUCAGACUCUGAUCCACCUUCUGAAGGGGAACAUCGGUACUGGUCUGCUGGGGCUGCCUCUGGCCGUGAAAAACGCUGGACUGGUGCUUGGACCAAUCAGUCUCCUGGUUAUGGGAAUCAUCGCAGUCCACUGCAUGAAGCUCCUAGUGAAAUGUUCCCACCACCUCAGUGCAAAGAUGAACCAGCCAUCUAUGACCUACGGAGAGGUGAUGCAGUAUGGGAUGGAAAACAUAUCAUGGCUGAGGAGGCAUUCACGAUGGGGAAGUCGGACCGUGAACUUGUUCCUCAUCAUCACUCAGAUUGGCUUCUGCUGCGUCUACUUCGUUUUCCUCAGUGACAACGUCAAGCAGGUUGUGGAAGCAGCCAAUGCCACCACCUUCAGCUGCCAGGUGAACCACACCAACCAGACGGAUGUCCUGGUUCCCAGUUUCGACUCCCGGAUCUACAUGCUCUUCUUCCUGCCCUUCUUCAUCCUCCUGGUUUUCACCCCCAAUCUGAAGUUCUUGGCUCCCCUUUCUCUCAUUGCAAACCUGGUCAUGACCCUGAGUCUGGCUCUGAUCUAUAUCUACUCCCUCAUGAACAUCACGUUUCCUAUUGAUCUACCAAAGGUCGGCAGAGCCAAGGACUACCCUCUGUUUUUUGGGACGGCCAUUUUUGCCUUCGAAGGGAUCGGCGUGGUCCUCCCUCUGGAAAAUAAAAUGCAGCGGCCGCAGAAAUUCACCCAGGUUUUGUAUCUGGGUAUGGGCAUCGUCACGUUCCUCUACAUCAGCCUCGGCACCAUCGGGUACAUGUGCUUUGGAGAGCACAUUGGCGGCAGCAUAACUUUAAACCUGCCAAACUGUUGGACGUACCAGGCAGUAAAACUCCUGUAUUGUUCCGGCAUAUUCAUCACUUUCGCCCUGCAGUUCUACGUUCCUGCAGAAAUCCUCAUCCCGCAGGUUUUGGCCCGAGUGUCGGAGAGAUGGGAGAAGCCAGUCGAUCUUCUGCUUCGCACCCUUCUGGUCAUCAUCACAUGUGCUCUCGCCAUCCUGAUACCGGAGUUGGACCUCGUCAUCUCAUUGGUCGGUUCGGUCAGCAGCAGUUUCCUGGCUCUCAUCUUCCCACCCAUCCUGGAAAUCCUUGCCUUUCACACGGAGGGUCUGUCACCACUGGCGACCAUCAAGAACGUGAUCAUCAGCGUGGUGGGGCUGAUCGGCUUCCUCUUAGGAACUUAUGUCGCCAUCAUAGAACUUAUAGCACGAAAUAAUGUCAAACACGUAGAGACAUUCCACACCUACAUGGUGCAGUAGAACAGACUGUUGGGCCUUUCAGGUCAGCUUAAACUGUUCUAAUGAAAACUUUUAUUUUAUGUUUUUAUUUGCUGCUGUUGUAUUUUAAUGCAAUGUAAUUAUGUCACAAAUGUACGAGUGUCACGCUAAAUUAAUUACAGCCAUUAGUUAAGGCCAAAAGUCAUAAAUGCGUAACGUAGAAGAUAACUUCAUCAGAUUUUUAAGAGAUUAACAGUAUUAGAGGUAAUUUAUUGUAUUCAGAGCCUAGAAAUAUUCAUGUAAAUUCUCCAGUCAACACAUCAAACUACCUCAAUAGUUGUUUUUCGUUUUAACUCCCAGAUUCAGAGCUGAUUCUGACUUGCAGAUUGUUUUUCACCUUCACCCAGACAUCUUCAAGUUUGCAGCUUUGAGUGGUUUUUAAUCACCGUCUGACAUCUUGACAGGAAGAAAACCUUAUUAAAAGAAAAUGCACUUUGAUUUAUGCCUUAUUGAAUAAAACUGCACCACUUUGGCAGUUUUCCGUGACACAUUGAACAGUUUAAGAAAAAAAAAACGUUUUGAGAACAGAUUAAGGGUUAUAAACCAAACCUUGCAUUAUUUGAGCAAUAUUUGUGCUUUUUAUCUUCACUUAUCAAAUCCAUCAAUGUGUCUCUGGUCAGAUGUUUUAAAGAUAAAUCUGUUAUGCACUUACACAGGAAAUACAUGAUUGUGAUUAGGAGAAUAUUUGGAGAAUAUUUUGCACUUUGCAUAUAUCGGUGCAAAAUAUACAUAAAAUGAAGUGACUUGAUGCUUGCUAAGCAAAAAAAUUUGAUAUUUCCUCCAAAGCAAUAUUACUAUGUUUAAAUAUUGGUGAAAGUAAAGAAAAUUUCUUACCGCCACUAUAGUUUAAACUUUAUUUGGGUCAAAGAUUGCAUGGGUGUUUUGAUUUCUUCUACGGUUAUUUUUUUUUCUAUUUGGGGAUUUUUACCAUUGGAUGUUAAGCAAAAUCAUCACAUCUUAAGCUUAGUCUUGGUUUAAACUCUGAACUAUUCAGAAGGUUUUUGGUUCAAGCCACUUUCAUAGCUGUACUAUGGUUUCCAGAUGUGCACUUUAUGCAUCUCACAGAGGUUUGGAGUUAUCAUUCUUUCACCCACUGUGGCUCCUGUUAUUUAUUUGGGUUCACACUGUGUGAUUACUAGCCAAAGUCUAAAAAUAAGAAAAUCUCUAGUUAUCAUUAAAUGUAAAUCAUAAAGCAAGCAGUGAUACUUUCUGGAUAAUCCUGCAGCGUGACUCCUGCGGCGGCAGAUUUCUGAUUCUUGUCACCCUGAUAUAAACUUGUGCCGCCUCCUUUUUCGUCUCCUCGUAUUCUUAUUUUCUCCAUCUGACUCCAUUAAUAUGCACAUUAAUAACUGAAUCUUCCUUUUUGUUUAUUGAUCCGUCACCUGCAAUCAUGUUGCAGUAACUAUGUUGCCUCCAUCCCCCUUCAAAGUUUCUCCAGAAAUGUUCUAGUUUUUUACUUUUAUGGUGAAAAUAAGACUUUUCGGUCUAUUUUUGUGGAAACAUCAGUUGUGCUGAUUUUCUGCAGUUAAAAUCUAAUGCGAGCCUGAAUCUUGUACAGGUUGUGCUGUGCACCGUUUGCUCCAGUCACAUCAGCUUCACUAACUCUCUUUAACUUUGAAAUAUUACAGAAGAUUCAUGAGGGGAAGAAAAAAAAACUUGUGACAAAAAUGUAUGAGAAGGCAGUAAAAUAAUUUUAAUUCAAAUCUCGUUGAAAAUUAACUAAUGUUCAAAUUUUUCCUGACCAGAGAUGACGAACAUUUACAAUCUACAGGUACAAGUUGUAAAAGUUUUUUUGUAUUUUUUUUUUCUAAAAUCUUGACAAACAAGGAUUUGAUCAGAAGACAGAUGAAAAAGCUCAAUGAUCUAAAACUGUAGAAUAAAUGUAGAUAUUAAUCCAAACUGUUUCAGUCUUGGGAGACACAAUACUAAAUUAUGUAGGAGCUCUUCUGUGUCUUGAAAAGUUUUUUGUUCUUUAUUUUUUUAUUAUUUUGUUUGAUGUUUUUACUAAGUCUUAUUUUUAAAAUUUUUUAUUACUUGUUCCUAACUUUUACAGGUUGGUUUAAUUUCUGACAUACUGUAUAUCAAAUAAUAAACAAUUUAUCUGCAAUGUCUAGCAGACAAAAUGCAACAUGUACUGUAAGUUCACCGAACAGCUUCUGUACUGUUGUGCAUCUUCAGUGUUUCUGUGCCAGUAUCACCCAGUUAAAUUUUUCAGCUUUUAUUAGAAAAUGUUUGGAAAUCAAUAAAAAAAAAUCAUAUCCACAUGC